AUGGCACAAUCAAUUGUACCACAAGGUGCAAAUAACAGUGCUGAUUCUUUCAACCGAGACAAGAUGUGCGAUAUAUUCCGCUCGGCUAAAUACAAAUCUGCAGCAAGCGCCAUCGGGAUGAGACCAAGCCUGGGAAGGGAGUUGCUUCGCAAGUUUCAACAGUGCUACAGAGGAGAGAAUCAGUUUGCUGAACACGUGCAUGAGCUCGGCUCACUAGCUUGUUAUUUCGACGAAGCUUCUUCUUUGCCUCCUGAGCUCAGUCAGAAACUCCUCCCUCAGUUUGAACUCUGCAACAACCCGAAUGGCAAAAAGCUCAAGAGGAAGCUUCUGCAGUCGGUGCUGUCGGUCUCUAACUGGACCAGUCACGAGGUGCUGAGCACAAUGGGGGCCAGCGUGGUCUUGUUGUCCGCCCAACAGCUGGCUGACAUCCCCAAUGCUGAACUCAAAGAGCUGCUCCAAAAUCUGCGACCUAACGUCCACUGGAUGAGGUCACAGCUUCGCACGCUGGUGAGGAAACUACUGGGAGAAAAGAUGUGUGAGGAGGUUUCUGGCCCAGCUCUUCUGCAACUGGCACCUGUUAUUGAAGGUGUCCCAAGCUGUGUGCUAGAACAUGUCAAUGUCAAGGAGCUGGUCAAUGACACAGAGGUUUUGAGGACGAUCUCCAAGAGGAUGAGGAGGGCUCAGCUUAAGGCCAUGCUCCAAGAGCUGCAGAGGGAUAAAAGUACUUCAGAGCUAGUGCAGCUUCUGCCUGGUCCUUUGCUGCGCAGUAUGUCUUUUCAGGACCUAGAUGAUGCCAACAUUACAUCUUCUGAGCAAGUGAGAGGUGGAGUCCUAAGGAAAUCACAGGCCGCGUUUCUUGCAAGAAAGUUCUAUAUGGAAAAGAAGCUACACCAUUGGAGGAACCUGCAUUCCAUCCUUCAGGGGGUAACCUGUAAGAUGAUUGAUGAGGUUGCCGACACAAACAUAAAGGACAUGGCCCUAGCCAUUGAGGAGACGCCAUGGUGGCUCUCCAAAAUGCAGGUUGGAUGUGCAGCCCGAAGAUACUUAGCAGUUCUGCAGAAAGGGCGACAGGAUUACUUCCAAAGCAUCACAGAGGAGGAGUUCAAUUCAUUCCCAAUAAUUCUAAUGAUUCACAUGACGCCUUGGGAGUUGGAUAGAUUGCCCGACUCUAUCUGCAACGUCUUUCUCAACAAGAUGGAAGUAGCAAAUCUCACGUCACUGGCUCCUCGAAGUCCAUCUCGAUUCGCGCUGACCCGCAAAGCCAUGCUCUGCUUGACCAAACCCAUGACUGCACUGACUGUGGAUGACAUUUCUAGAUUGGGGCCACUUUUAUGUGAGGUUGAAGCCUCCACAUUGAAUUUGCUGGCACCCAGUGUACUCAACGCUAGCCUGCAGGCCAUGUCCUUUUGCCAGCACAUUCCUCUGCGCAACAGGCCGCAACUCAUGCAGCUCAUCAGACGUAACUUUGGAAACCCAUUGGACUGGUCAGAGGAAAUGAUGGAGUCACUCGGUGCAUUCAUGGACCUGGAUGAUAGUGCAAUAUCUACUCUGCCUUACAAGCCUUGGAUGAUUGACGUCUUGUAUUUCUUGAGGCCGCGACUGUCUCACGUGUCUAAAGCACUGAGGAGAAAACUCUUUGAGCUCAUGACAUCUACUAAUGUCGAAGUCAAUGGCACUGACAUACCAACUGCAGAUUUAAUAAAAGACCUGGGGAAGGACAAUGUGCUCUGGUCAACCAAACAGCUGGAUAAAUUGUCAGCAGACACUUUGUUGGAUGCCGUGGAAAUACUUGGCCGUGUCCCUGAUUAUAAGCCAGAGCAGCUGACUGUACUCAGUGAGAGGGCCACCAAGGCUUUGGGCCCAGUGUUGAAGAUGAACGAGACCGUUGUGGCGCAACUUGGAUGUAUCGCUGUGGGCUUAUCUAAUUCAGAGCUGGAGAAGCUUUCCUUCUCUAUUGACACACUUGAGGAAAUAGUCCAUUGUGGAUGGAAAGAUUCACAGUUACGAGCAGUGUGGAAAAGUGUCUCCAAACGGGCCAAGCUCUCGGCUCGGGAGCUGAAAGUGGUCCACAUGGUGGCACUUAAUCAAUUCAUGUGCGGCCUGGAUGCCAGCGAGAUCGCUCAACUUGACAUCUACGCUUUCAGGGAUGCUGUGGGCUUCAUCAACGACAUCCGCUGCUCCCUCAAAGUCGCUCGGCACUUUAAAACACUGGCCCUGUCGGCCUUUGGACCUGUCAGAACCUGGACUGAAGCAUCAGUUGUGGAGCUGGGCAACCUGAUCGUUGGCUUGGAUGCAGGCGAGAUGGCUUCUUUGGAGCCAUCCGUCUUCUCAUUUUUCCUCAAGAGCAGCAUCCCCAGAUUACCUCCAGCAAACUUGGUGGCUCUCUCCACAGCUCAACUGGAGGCUCUUGGGCCUGACAACGGAGUCAUGGUAACCGAAAGUCAGCGUGCCCAUCUGACAGGCGCUCAAUUGGCAGCCCUGGAGAAAGCAGAGAUCGGGUCACGAAGCAAUGACCAAGUGGCUGCUGACCAGUCAGGAGUUCCUUCAUCGAGAAAUGAGGGCGUGCCAGGAUUUGUGAAGCCCCUCGUGGUCCUGCUUGUGUGCUUCUUGCUGCUAUGA